GACUUCCCUGUGGACUUCCACCUUCAAUUCAGAAUGGUGUUGUACGUCACAAGAAAGACAGUUAUCAAUACGGAGAAAAAGUCACAUACACCUGUAACGAAGGAUUUAGGAUUUAUGGAUUUGCAUCUAUAAGAUGUUUAGGAGGAAAAUGGUCCCGUACACCAAAAUGCAUAAGCACAGAUUGUUUUAACUUGCCCAGCUUUGAUGAUGCUGUAUUCAUAGGCCAGAAGAAGAAAUCAUAUAGAUCAGGAGAACAAGUGGCUUUUAAAUGUCGAUCAUAUUAUCAGCUGAAUGGAUCCAACACUAUACAGUGUGUUAAGAGCAAAUGGAUAGGAAGGCCAGUGUGCAAAGAUGUUUCCUGUGUGAACCCACCCAGAGUGGAAAAUGCAGUUAUACGAAAUGACAGACCUAGGUAUCUAAAUGGUGAGAGAGUACGUUAUGAAUGCAUCGGGACUUAUGACAUUUUAGGGGAUGUAGAUGUGACAUGUUUAAAUGGAACUUGGACAAAACCACCUCAGUGCAAAGAGGUCUGUGAAAUUUCAGAAGAAAUGAUGAAAAAACAUAACAUACAGUUAAAAUGGACAACUCCAAAAAAACUUUACUCUAAAACACAGGAUCAUAUUGAAUUUAUAUGUAAAAGUGGAUAUCAUCCAGUGACACCAGAUCAUACAUUUCGAACAGUUUGUCAGGAAGGAAAAGUGGUGUAUCCUCAUUGUGGACAAAAUACUGGUUAAAUGCAGUUGUAUGUACAUGUAUUGAGAAUUUUUCAUUAUUAAUCCAAUUCUCAGUUUAUUUUAUCAAGUAUUGUUUAAAUCAUUUUGAUUCAUAAAUCAGAUGUUAUGGGGACUAUGAAAUUAUAAUCAGGAAGACUAAUGAAUCACUUCUUUAAAGCACCUCAUUAAACUUGGCAAACCAAGUGCUGUGUGUCCUGUUGAUAAAAUACCUGAGUAAAUUAAUGCAAUCACUUCAGUGCCUCUUCUAUCGAUCAGUUUCCUAACUUUCUCAAAGAUUUCUCCAUAACUUCUGAGGUUUUCUGAGACUUUCAGAAGAAAAAGGAAAGGAAU